UUCCCCUUGAGAACUCACCAUUGACAUCUCAUCUUAUUAUAGCGCUUACCGCUCGAUAAUUCAACUAUUGUGUCUUAAGCCGCUAGGGCCUUCUUUGCAGACAGCGAGUCUGCAGCUCUUCAUUUCAACCUGUCGCCACAUCCUAGUCAAGGCGACCUCCCGGGGUCUGCCGUUACAACGGACAUUCCGAUUGAGACCUUCCAAUCACACGACUCCACCAUGUCGAGCUCUUCCUCAAUUGCUGUCACGAAUUCAUCGCGACAUCAUGUUCGUUCUAGGACACAGAGUAUUUCGAGCGACCGUCCCUCUACUGCUGGCCACAACCUGAUGUCUCCCCCUCUUUCUGUGUCGCCCGAGGCGGUGUUCAUCGCCGCGUCCGCCGCUUCGCAAAUCGUCACUAAUGAUCAUGACAGCCAUUCCGAAAUAUGGUACGAUCAGAUGGGAAUUGGGCCUUCGGAAGAGACUGCCUUAGUUUCCCCAGGCGCGCUCCAGCUCGCCAACAAUUUUGUCGAUCAGCUCUUGUUCAACAUAAUCUCUGUCGCAAAGUCCACUUCGCUAUCGGCGCUGCGGCCGGCCGUUAGCGAAGUACUAAAACCGAAACUUGCUAAAGAUGCUAUUAACAACGCUGACGAAGAGCUUCGAGAAUACCUAGGUGGCGGCGAAAUUGAUGAUUUAGUACAAUCUCCAAAUACUGAGGCGCCUGUCGAUUGGGAUUUGGAGCUGGUAUGGAAAAGAACGAGACUACGAUGUAUGGUUUAUUCGUCUUUGGGUGAUAUGGAAGAAGAAGAUGAAGACUACUAUAUGGAACAAGAACAUCUCAGAGGCGAGUCGGAUGACAUUAUGUCCGAUGUUGUAUCCCCGGCAGUUGCUAUCUUCUUGACCUCGAUUGUGGAAUUCAUGGGUGAGCAGGUUCUCGUCAUAGCCGGACAAGCGGCCUUUAACCGAUUACGCGUCAAGUGCGAGAAAGAGUUGAAAGAAGGGACGCGAGCACGCGGUGAAUUAUUUGAACGUCUUGUUGUUGAGGAAUUAGACAUGGAGCGUGUUGCGUUGGAUCGAACUCUCGGCCGACUUUGGCGUGCUUGGAAGAAGAAAAUUCGGUCACCCGGAGAGCCUAACUAUUCUCGUCCUUUCUCGCGUAGUUCUUCAAGUACUUCGGGGGUGGCCAACCAGCGACGUGGGAGCGCCGCGACAGACCACGUGCAGUUGCUUCGGACACCUAGAGAUUCGGAUCCUGCACUUGGUGUGCAGGAAGAGCAAGACGGUGAGACGGCCGGCGAGAAGGCCGGCGAGAAAGCCGAUCAGAAGUCCGGCCCGAAGUCAAUUCCGAAACCGGAUCCAGCUGAAGUGCCUUUGCCGGACAGCGAUGUUGAGGCUAUAUAUAGCGAUGAGGAAAGUGAGGAGGAAAAUGACUUUGGCCGGCCAAAGAGUUUAAUCUUAUUGUCUUCGUCAACAAAGGAUAGGCUAGCGUCUCUUCGAGCUUCGCUGGAAAACUCAUCAAUUCGGCGUGUACGGUCUCUUCCUUCUCGGAAACGCCCCCGAUAUCCCUCCACUCCGGGCGCUAGCCGUCGAAUCGAAACUCCGCCUCACAAAGAUACAAGCAAAGAUAAGGCGGAGACAAUGGAUGGCGUUUCUACAAAGGAUAUCGGACAUGACAACAUUAAUGAGAACGGGCAACCUAACCAGACGCUGGGGCAAAAAGCUAUUUCAGAUGGGCUAAUUCCAGUAGUCAAUAACGACAUUACACCUGCGAUAUCAAGGAGGGCCAGCAGCAUUGUCCCACUAACCGAAAUUGAAGAGGACGAAAUUGAGGAGUUUACCGAAGAGCCAAAAAUAUUGACCUCAUCAAGAAUAUCCAUUGGAGGAAGAAGUUCCUCUCCUUCUACCUCAGACUCUGGCAGGCCUACUCCUCUUAUGCCUGUAAGAACGAGCAGCAUACACUCGGUACGAAUUAUUGAGGUGCAGAGCCCUCGCAGCCCGACGGCCGGUUCGCGAACGAGUUCUAUGGAUUUCCAGGACCCCGCCUUGGUUGCUCGUAGAAUCUCUACUCCUCCUAUUGUUGAGGAAAAUGAUUCGGGGGCGACACCUGAAAAGAAGCAUGCCGUUAUCCUUCAGAGGUCAUUUGACGAUUCUCAGGAGACCAGUUCUGGGGCAGUCCAACCUGCCCGGAAUCCCAGUCCUUUGAGAAGCGUCCACUCUCAAGAAGUAUAUGAACUUGCAGCGACCACCACCACCACCACAAAGGUGUCGAUUCUGAGCGGCCCCACAACAGAACCGCCUUUGGAGGAAAAGCCUGUGGCUCCCUUAAAAUCGUCGAGGAAUAUGCCAAUGCCAACGCUGCUCGAGAGGAGCACAAGCCGACCCAUUUAUGGACGGUCGAGUUCCAACGAUACUGCGUCAAAUAUACCUGCCCGGCGUGGUACGCCAGAAUCACCAAAGAUGCCGCGCUCUAUGCCAAGCGACUCGCCUUCUUCGACGUCUGCUAAAUUCAAAGCGGUCCGUACCUCCGAAGACGGAAGCCCUCGGCGCUCCGAAGAUAGAGCUCGCGAUUUUGAGCAGUUAAUCCACAGUCAGGAAACCCUGCAGUAUACCCUCACGCCGGAAAACAUGCGGGAUAUUGACUCUAGUUCAUCUCAGCAUACCGGAAGUCCCAAACCUAAUAGGUUCCAAAGGAGCGAGGACACCAGGCAAACUGAGCGCUCACGAUCCUCGUCUAUUAAGAGGACCGCAUCCUUUACGAAACAGACUAAUCUCGGUUCCAAUCCUCUGGGUUCCCAUCCUCCUACGGACCUUCCUUUCGCCGGGAAAUUCUCCGAGGUGAUCUCGAAUGCACCCGCUUCUAUUCCACCGAAAAGCCGAUCAGGUAUGGCCGCGCAAGCGAGGGAGGCGCGAGUCGCUGGGGAAUCAUUGCAAGAUUUCGCCAAUUUUAUUCGAUCAACAGGGCCUCCUGGCGAGCGCACCGUUCAGCAUAGUAGAGGGCACGCGGCUUCGAUUUCAACUAUCCGGGGUCCCAGGGGUCCUACUCACGUGAAAAAGAGUGCGAGCAUCGAUAGCCGGCAGACCAGUUCAAGUAACCGAUCUCACUUCCAAGCUAGGGAUGCUACGGUUAACCUCGGUAGCGAAAACUCGGAUCUUAUUGAUUUUAUUCGACGAGGACCGCCAAGCACCAAUGCAAAUAACCCCCGGAUUCCUCGUCACGUUGCCCCGUUCAGGAGUACCAUGGACUCAGACCAAUUGCAGAUGGCCGGUGCUGUGGGAGGCAAGGCGAUCGAUGCGGUGAUUCCGAAUAUUCGAAAUAGCGAGACAUCAACGAAUGUUACGGAGGCUUCAGCUCCGUCGUCGAUGAAUUCCCAAAGCGCACUCUUGAGCAAAAUGAACAAGGCACAGCAAUACUCUGGCAAUAACUUUGAUGAUGAUGAUAUGAUACCGAAGCGGACACAACGACGAGUCCGUGAUCCUUAUGCUAUUGAUUUUAGCGACGAGGAAGACGAAGAAUUAGAUAUAAUGCCGCAACCAAAACCGAAGAAGGAAGAAAGCUUGAUCGAUUUCCUCAACAGUUACCCCCCUCCUCCUGAACCAAUGCCUCAACCCGUUGCUAUCCCAAAGAAAAAGUCCAGCGCGCCAAACUUGAUCGCACGUCUAAGAUCGGGCGGGGGCUCUAUCAGAUCAGCUUCAAACCCUAGAGGGUUUGGGGCUGAUUCAAGGUCCCUCAGUAGUCGAGCUGGCACUAGCAGGGGCUAUACACCUAUCGUCAUCCCAACCUCGGCAGACACGUUUGGGAGCAAUCCCAGACCACCACCAACCGCUCCCAGCAGCUCGAUGGGUCGUGUUCCGAUGAAGAAAUUCGAAGCACGGGAUGCCGUUUCUGCUAACACUCAUACGUCGGACCUCGCUAGUUUCCUACGCGAUUCCGAGCCACCACCACAGCCUGUGAUAUCGCAUCCUGCCCAGAACGAAAGUAAGAGCAGUGGAUUCUCUCGGAUGUUUGAACGCCGCAAGAAGUCUACCGCAUAUUAAUCAAAUUUAACUUUACAUUGGAAUCUUUCGUGUAUAAACUUGGUAUUUCAUUUCAAAACAUCGGGCGCUUCCUACGGAAUAUAGAGCUGGGAUGAAGGGCGGUAUGCUUGAAAAUUAUAUUCUACAAUGGCGGAAUCACUGUCCGAUUUUGUUACGGAUAUCUUAGGCGUAUAUCUGCCAUGGACA